CCGCCGCGUAGCUUGGUCGCUCCGUAGUACGGCGGCCUGGAAGGGACAAUCCCGGCGGGGAGGCGAAGCUGCAGGGGAUGCUGCCCGGGGCGGCAGCGGCGGCUCCAUCCCCAUCUCCAUCCCCAUCCCCCGGCGGGGCGUCUGCCCGACACUGAGUCGGCGGCGGGAGAUGAGGCAUCACUUAGCAAGCUAAAAGUGACGGAACCAUGGCUCAGUUUCCGGCUCCUUUUGGGGGCACCCUGGAUAUCUGGGCCAUAACCGUGGAGGAAAGAGCAAAGCACGAUCAGCAGUUUCAUAGUCUCAAGCCGACCUCUGGAUUUAUCACCGGUGAUCAAGCUAGGAACUUUUUUUUUCAAUCUGGCUUACCUCAGCCCGUUUUAGCACAGAUAUGGGCACUGGCUGACAUGAACAAUGAUGGCAGAAUGGAUCAGAUGGAGUUUUCCAUCGCGAUGAAACUGAUCAAACUGAAGCUUCAAGGCUAUCAACUUCCCUCUGCUCUUCCUCCCAUCAUGAAACAGCAACCCAUCGCCAUUUCCGGUGCACCAGCAUUUGGAAUAGGAGGCAUCGCCAGCAUGCCGUCUCUUACAGCUGUUGCCCCAGUGCCAAUGGCAUCCAUUCCAGUAGUUGGAAUGUCCCCGCCUCUAGUGUCUUCUGUCUCUUCAGCAGCAGCACCUCCCUUGGCUAACGGCACAUCUUCGGGCAUACAGUCUUUGCCAGUUUUUGCCCAUCCCGCCACAUUGCCAAAGAGUUCUUCUUUCAGUAGAUCUGGUCCAGGGUCUCAGUUAAACGCUAAACUACAGAAGGCACAAUCUUUUGAUGUGGCUAGUGUACCUCCCGUUGCGGAAUGGGCUGUCCCUCAGUCAUCUCGGUUGAAGUAUAGGCAGUUGUUCAAUAGCCAUGACAAAACGAUGAGCGGCCACCUCACAGGUCCCCAAGCAAGAACUAUCCUUAUGCAAUCAAGUUUACCCCAGGCUCAGCUGGCUACGAUAUGGAAUCUUUCGGACAUUGAUCAAGAUGGAAAACUCACAGCAGAAGAAUUUAUCCUGGCUAUGCACUUAAUCGACGUGGCCAUGUCCGGCCAACCCCUGCCUCCUGUAUUGCCUCCAGAGUAUAUUCCUCCUUCAUUUAGGAGAGUUCGCUCCGGCAGUGGCCUUUCCGUUAUGAGCUCAGGGUCUGUAGAUCAGAGGUUACCAGAGGAACCAGUGUUAGAAGAAGAGCAGCAGCAGCUGGAAAAGAAAUUACCAGUGACAUUUGAAGAUAAAAAACGGGAGAACUUCGAGCGGGGAAACCUGGAGCUGGAAAAGCGGAGACAGGCCCUCCUGGAACAGCAGCGGAAAGAGCAGGAGCGCUUGGCGCAGCUGGAGAGGGCCGAGCAGGAAAGGAAAGAACGAGAGCGCCAGGAGCAGGAGCGGAAACGCCAGCUGGAGCUGGAAAAGCAACUGGAAAAGCAGCGCGAACUGGAGCGCCAGAGGGAAGAGGAGAGGAGGAAAGAAAUCGAAAGACGGGAGGCUGCAAAAAGAGAACUUGAAAGGCAACGCCAGCUAGAGUGGGAACGAAAUCGACGGCAAGAGCUCCUGAAUCAGAGAAACAAAGAACAAGAAGAUAUAGUUGUCCUGAAGGCAAAGAAAAAGACUUUAGAAUUUGAGUUGGAAGCUCUAAACGACAAAAAGCAUCAACUGGAAGGAAAACUUCAGGAUAUCAGGUGUAGAUUAUCCACGCAAAGGCAAGAGAUCGAAAGCACCAACAAAUCUAGAGAGCUGAGAAUUGCGGAAAUCACCCAUUUGCAGCAGCAAUUGCAGGAGUCUCAGCAGAUGCUUGGAAGGUUGAUACCCGAAAAGCAGUUACUCAAUGAUCAGCUAAAGCAAGUUCAGCAAAACAGUUUGCACAGAGAUUCACUUCUCACCCUGAAGAGAGCUUUAGAAGCAAAAGAGGUAGCCCGUCAGCAGCUUCGAGACCAACUGGAUGAAGUCGAGAAAGAAACCAGAUCCAAGUUGCAGGAGAUUGAUAUUUUCAACAAUCAACUGAAGGAGCUAAGAGAAAUCCAUAACAAGCAGCAGCUCCAGAAACAAAAGAAUUUAGAAGCUGAAAGAUUGAAACAGAAAGAGCAAGAGAAAAAGACAGUAGAAUUAGAGAAGCAGAAAGAAGACGUCCAAAGGCGAGCGCACGAGAGAGAGAAACCGUGGCUGGACCGGGCGCAGCAGGACGAAGACUACCACCGGCCUAAAAAGGCACACGAGGAGGAGAGGCUGAAGAGGGAAGAAGCGGCCAAGAGAAAAGACUCUGAGGAGAAAGGUGCCCAAGAGAUGCAGGAGAAACUGAGUCAACUUUUCAAGCAGCAUCCGGAACCAGCUAAACCAGCAGUUCAAGCCCCGUGGUCCAGUGCAGAAAAGGGCCCGCUUACUAUUUCCACACAGGAGGAUGUGAAGGUAGUGUAUUAUCGAGCGUUGUACCCUUUCGAGGCCAGGAGCCAUGAUGAAAUCACGAUUCAGCCUGGAGAUAUAGUCAUGGUAAAAGGGGUCUGGGUGGACGAAAGCCAAACUGGAGAACCUGGCUGGCUUGGCGGGGAGUUAAAGGGAAAGACGGGAUGGUUUCCCGCGAACUACGCCGAGAGAAUCCCUGAAAGCGAAGUUCCAGCACCGAGCAAACCUGCCGCGGACACCCCCCCCAGCCCCCACCCCUGCGCUCUGCGGGAAACUCCCACUCCCGUGGCCCCCGCCUCGUCGGAUUCGUCCACAGCCUCCAAUAACUGGGCCGACUUCAGUUCCACGUGGCCGACCAACACUAAUGAGAAAGCGGAGACUGAUCACUGGGAUGCCUGGGCAGCCCAGCCCUCCCUCACGGUGCCAAAUGCCGGGCAGUUGAGACAGAGAUCGGCCUUUACCCCAGCCACGGUCACGGGCUCCUCACCCUCCCCUGUCCUGGGCCAGGGUGAAAAAGUGGAGGGGCUCCAGGCCCAAGCUCUGUAUCCUUGGCGGGCCAAAAAGGACAACCACCUCAACUUCAACAAAAAUGACGUCAUCACGGUCCUGGAGCAGCAAGACAUGUGGUGGUUUGGAGAAAUUCAAGGCCAGAAGGGUUGGUUUCCAAAGUCUUACGUGAAGCUCAUUUCGGGGCCCAUAAGGAAAUCCACAAGCAUGGAUUCAGGGUCUUCAGAAAGCCCCGCUAGUCUAAAGAGGGUGGCAUCACCAGCAUCCAAACUUGCCAUACCAGGGGAAGAGUUUAUCGCCAUGUACACCUACGAAAGUUCCGAACAGGGAGAUUUAACCUUUCAGCAAGGGGACGUGAUCUUGGUAACAAAGAAGGACGGAGACUGGUGGACAGGAACAGCGGGUGACAAAUCCGGAGUCUUCCCUUCUAACUACGUGCGGCUCAAGGAUUCUGAGGUCCCCGGAACGGCUGGAAAAACGGGAAGUUUGGGAAAGAAGCCAGAAAUUGCUCAGGUUAUUGCAUCUUACACAGCCACCGGCCCUGAGCAACUCACCUUGGCACCUGGUCAGCUGAUUCUGAUCCGCAAGAAGAAUCCCGGAGGAUGGUGGGAAGGAGAGCUUCAAGCACGUGGGAAAAAACGACAGAUAGGCUGGUUCCCGGCAAAUUACGUCAAACUUCUGAGCCCCGGCACCAGCAAAAUUACGCCAACCGAGCCGCCCAAGUCAACAGCAGUACCUUCGGUGUGUCAAGUGAUCGGAAUGUACGACUACACGGCCCAGAACGACGACGAGCUGGCGUUCGGCAAGGGCCAGAUCAUCAACGUCCUCAACAAGGAAGACCCCGACUGGUGGAAAGGGGAGGCGAACGGACAAGUGGGCCUCUUCCCCUCCAACUACGUGAAGUUGACCACCGACAUGGACCCGAGCCAGCAAUGGUGCGCGGACUUGCAUCUACUGGACAUGUUGACCCCUAUGGAAAGGAAACGGCAGGGGUACAUCCACGAGCUGAUCCUGACUGAAGAGAAUUACGUCAAUGACCUGCAGCUAGUCACAGAGGUCUUUCAGAAACCCCUAAUGGAAUCCGAGCUGCUGACGGAAAAGGAGGUGGCCAUGAUUUUUGUCAACUGGAAGGAGCUGAUAAUGUGUAACAUCAAACUACUGAAGGCCCUGAGGGUGCGGAAGAAGAUGUCGGGAGAGAGGAUGCCCGUGAAAAUGAUCGGCGACAUCCUCACGGCCCAGCUGCCGCACAUGCAGCCGUACAUCCGCUUCUGCAGCUGCCAGCUCAACGGGGCCGCCCUCAUCCAGCAGAAAACCGACCAAGUCCCCGAGUUCAAGGAGUUCGUCAAGAGACUGGCCAUGGACCCACGCUGUAAAGGGAUGCCCCUGUCCAGCUUCAUCCUGAAGCCCAUGCAGCGGGUGACCCGAUACCCCCUCAUCAUUAAAAACAUCCUGGAAAACACCCCCGAAAACCACCCCGACCACUGCCACCUGAAGCUGGCCCUGGAGAAGGCGGAGGAACUGUGCUCCCAAGUCAACGAGGGCGUGCGGGAGAAGGAGAACUCGGACCGGCUGGAGUGGGUCCAGGCUCACGUACAGUGUGAAGGCCUCUCGGAGCAACUGGUCUUCAACUCGGUGACCAACUGCCUGGGGCCCCGGAAGUUCCUGCACAGUGGGAAGUUGUACAAGGCCAAGAGCAACAAGGAGCUGUAUGGCUUCCUCUUCAACGACUUCCUCCUGCUGACCCAGAUCAUCAAGCCGCUCGGCUCCUCGGGCACCGACAAGGUCUUCAGCCCCAAGUCCAACCUGCAGUACAAGAUGUACAAAACGCCCAUUUUCCUGAACGAGGUCCUGGUUAAGCUUCCGACCGACCCCUCCGGAGACGAGCCCAUCUUCCACAUCUCCCAUAUCGACCGGGUCUAUACCCUCAGGGCCGAAAGCAUCAAUGAAAGGACGGCCUGGGUGCAGAAGAUCAAAGCUGCUUCCGAACUGUACAUAGAGACGGAGAAAAAGAAGAGGGAAAAGGCUUACUUAGUGCGCUCCCAGAGGGCCACAGGCAUUGGCAGGCUGAUGGUGAACGUGGUGGAAGGAAUUGAGUUAAAGCCCUGCCGCUCACACGGAAAGAGCAACCCUUACUGCGAGGUGACCAUGGGCUCCCAAUGCCACAUCACCAAGACCAUCCAGGACACGCUGAGCCCCAAGUGGAACUCCAACUGCCAGUUCUUCAUCAAAGACCUGGAGCAGGACGUGCUGUGCAUCACCGUCUUCGAGCGGGACCAGUUCUCCCCGGACGGUGUUGGAGUUCCUCUGUAUCCCGGAUUUUAUCUUUGAGGAUAUUCCCAGUCGCAGGCUGGCCUGGACGAAGCAUUCUGGGAAAUCACUGUUUAAAGGAGAUCGGGGAUUGGGAGAGGCUUUGGGAGAUUCUUGGAAUGUGAGUUUCUGGUUUUGCGUGACUUGCUCCCGGGCGCCACGUACCAGAGGGCAGCGAGGCGCCCACCGUUGGGUAGGGACUGUCUCUAUAUGUUGCCAACUUGUACUUCCCAAGCGCUUAGUACAGUGCUCUGCACACAGUAAGCGCUCAAUAAAUACGAUUGAUUGGUACGGUCACAAGUGGAGAGGCGACUCGUAAGUGUGGAGACACAUUGUUAGGGUGCAAUUCCGCUCACCCUUGCCUCCUUCUGAACGUCUCCCAUCCAGUGGGAACCCAGAACUCCAGUCCACUGGACGAGAAGGUUCACGCUUCAGAUGCAUCGUAAAAUUUCACCUAUAUGUAUAUGGGUGUGUGUUUGACUAAAUGUGUAUAUACCGUAUAUAGAGGCAAUGUUGUCAAAUAUCGCGUAAAUCUAACGGAACAGAGUACCGUAGGCAUAUACUAUUUUACUUGUUCUUUUAAGUAUUUUAAACUGUGAAUCGUCCUUGAGAAAUUAUUUUUCUGUAUAUUAUAUAUAUAUAUAUGUAUAUGAGAAUAUUUUUAGGAUUUUAAGUGCAUAAAACUAGAGCCCCCAAAUCUCCCCACCCCAGUUUGACAGGAAGGGAGCAGAAGUGCUGAGGAUUUGGCCCAGCCGAAUUCCUGAAAUCUUUGAUUUGAUGCGGGGAAGCUCCGGAGUCAGCACUCGGGCGUGGGCAUGCCAGCAAUUCGGAGCGGUCCGGGGGCCCUUUAGUUUUCCUGUCAAAGGGAACGGGUGGGAUGUUGGUCUGGGAAAAGGGGUGUGAGGUUAAACUAUCCAGGAGGCAUUAUGUCACCCGUCUUGUUGCCGGUGAGGGGAAGCCACGUAUUUUGCCCUCUGUCAGGAACAGUAGCCCCUUUGGCCAGUAUUAACUCCACUCCCAGUGAGGCCUCUACUCACACACAGGACUCCACACACAUCUAGAUCAUUUAAGAAGCAGCGACGCACUUAAGCUACCGGAACAUGCUGGAAAUAUGUGGAUUCUUUAGCCUUUUGGCCUGGCUGAGGUGAGGAACUACCCAGAACCCAGCUUCUUCCCAUCGCCUGGUGGGGUGACGCGACCGUCUAGCAAAAUAGAAGCGGUAGCAGCAGCGUGGGAGCAUCCAAGUGGGGAGGUGCGCUGUAUUAAGACGUUCGGGAAGUACAGAAAUUCACUAACGACAACCCCUGCCCCCAAAGAGCUGAUAAUCUAGAUCCCUGUGCCUCCGUUACCUCAUCUGUAAAAUGGGGAUGAAGACGUGGGACGAUCUGAUCACCUUGUACCCUCCCCAGUGCUUUGCACAUAGUAAGUGCUUAACAAAUGCCAUCAUUAUUAUUAUUAUUAUCUGGUUCAGGCGGAGAGAGGGUAGACAGGCCUGACCUCAGGGGCUUUACACCCCAGGUCGCCCUCGACACCGGCCUUGAGGGCCAGUUUGGUUUGGAGUCCGUGAUUUUUAUCACGACGGUUCGGAGCAAAUAUCUUGGGCAGAAUCCUCCAUUCAAAACUUCAGCUCGUGAUGGAAUUCUUUCAAACCCUUAAUGAGAUCAGAAAUGAGUCAUUUUUACUUCCUGUGGGUCCGCCCGAACGGCUCGACGGAGUGAUUUUUUUUUUCAGUGUUAAUAGUUGGGAAAAGCCCACCUGAUAGUGCUGUUAAUUGCUAGUCCGUUUUCUGUUGCCAAAUAAUGGUAUUGUAUCGCUUCCCUUUAAAAGGGAAACACUGUUCUGUAUGUAGUGUUCAUGAGAUCCUAAACAUGACUAGGAAAAUAAUUACAAGUGGUGUUUUAUGUAUCUGUCAGGGAGCUGAUGAAGCUGGGACAAUAAAAUUAGUUUUCUUCUUUCCCAAAAGUAACUGAAAUGCAAUUUUUCUGGUUGGGUUAGGGUUGGUCCUGGGGCUUUGGCAGGCAAGGAAUGUUGAUUUUUUUAAUCCAUUUGGAUUCGGGAUUAAAGAAAAAGAACCAGUAGAUACCAUUCUGCCGGAACGUCUUGAAUUUGGACAACCUCUUUCCGGGGGCUGGAGUGUUUGAACCUGCAUUUUCUGCUGGAUUAAGUCCCCGGGUUGUCAGGUACUGAAUCAGGAGGAGGGGCAGAGCCCACGGCCUCUGCCUUAGGAAAGAGACACCACUGCCAGCAGAAUCGAUUCCUGUGCAUUUCACCCAGGUGAGGUCGGAAUUGUACGGGCCAAUGAUGUAAAAAUAAAUUCCCUCCUCUUUUUUUUUUUCUAAGA